AUGUGGUUUCAUAAAGAUGCCUCUGCCAAAUCUGUCACAUAUCACCCCGAGUUGCGCAUCACCUUCGAGUUUGAGACGGAUACUGUCGUUGCAGGACGCGAACUGUGCGGAUGGCUCGUUUUACAGUGCGACGCAGAAGAGGGCAGGCUGGCACUUGGGGAUGUGAUCGUCCAGAUGGUCGGCACGCAGGAUCUUCACCUUGCUGGAAUUUCGGAUGGUGAAGAUCACUUAGAACACUUCUACCGGAAACGAGUCUUUCAUUCACGAUCCCUGCCUCCGUCUGGCGCCGUGGAUUUGGGUGUUUCCUCCAGAGAAAACCCGCCAGACGGCUUCUAUCCCGCGAAACAGGGGGAAACACGUUUCGCAUUCUGCAUCGAUUUGCCCCAAUGGCUGCCUGCGAGUAUCCACUUCCAAGAUGGUACUGCAAACAUUUCGUACGAGCUGCACGCCGUUGCAAGCUUUUAUUUCGAAUCAGAACACAAGUACCUGAUGGAGAGUCAAACCAUUCAAGUUGUCCAACCAUGGAGCUCGCAUGUGUACACCAAAAGCUCGCUCAAUCGAUUUGGUGAAGACGGGCUGCAUUUUCAAGUCACUUAUUCUCCGUAUGUCCUUGCCAACAAGGUCACUGAGGUCGUGGUAGAGGUGGAGAACAAUGCGAAACGAUCCGUUACGGCCGUCGAUGUCUCUUAUUUUCUUCACCUGACUACUACGCCGAAGCUCUUUGAUCCUACCCCCAUUGAAGUGAUCCAUGAGGUUCAACGUCAACGUUUCGACACGCCUGACAACGUGGUACAUCCCGAGAAUAUUGCAGCAAUGAAGCUUUCGAUCUGGGUUCCUGAUCUUGCGUGGGGCACGAGUGGGCAUAGACAAGGACGAAAGGACGGUCUGUUCAAGGUAGAUGCGCUUAUGUCGGUUUCUCUGGUCACAUAUGGAACACCCGAUUUACCACUCGUCAUUCCAAUCAAGGUCGUCCAUCCUGCCGCCGUUCCUUGCUCUCCCUCUAAAGGUUUCCACGUACCAUCGGAGAAAUCAUCUAUCCCACCAAUGUGGGAGUUCGGGAGCCCCGCACUGAAGAAACACGAGCGAGUUCCGGCAAACAUAUCUCCCCAGCUAUCGCAGCUAUCAUCAGCACCCAAUUCACCUAUUCCAGGCUAUGAUCAAGAUGAUGUUGGUCGUACGCCUUCACCCGAGGUUGUCAGCCCUAUCCCGAUACGAAGCAACUCUGCUUCGUCUGAUGGUUCCCGCGCAUUCUCUGAAGAUGUCAGGCUCCUGGAGGAAAUGGUCGCUAAUAAGACUUACGCUGUACAGGCGGCAUCCCCCGUGAAAGUGGUUUCAUCCUCUCCGGAAGAACACAUUUCCCCAAUAGAUCAGAGCAGCCAACAUUCACGGGACUCAGGCCGGUCGAAAGCUCCUCCUUUGGCCGCAAUAUUGCUUCAUAAACGUGUACAGCUUCGCCAUCCCUCGCGCAAUCCAGGGGGAGCGCAAAAUCUACAAACCAGCAAUCUCCAGCGCAACAUAAUACCAUCUAAUCUAAGUUCCGAUUCGAAGGCAGCACCCCCUCCGCGCACUCUGGUUGCUUCGCCUGUUUCUCAAUCUGACGAGGAGGACGAGGACAUCAUCGUUUGGACACCGAAGCGAGCGGUGAAGCCAACCCCAGUCUUGUCUAACAAAUCUUACGCCCAGUCAUUAGCCAUUUAG